GUCCGUUGAACCAGCAUAAGAGAAAAGCGCGAUCGGUAAGCAAUCCCAAUUAACAGAAGCUGUAAAGAAUCAAGAUCUCUCUAAUGGCGGAAGAAGGAAUAAACGCUUCUCCAGAUACUCAGCUCUUUGCUCUUCUAUCUGGCCUCCUCCAACAGGUAGAAGCAUUGAGCAACCAUGAAGAAGUUGAACUACGAGCCAAGAUCGAAGCCCUUGGGGUUGAAGUUACAAAAGUUCCUUCAAAGUCUGCAAAAACUCUAGAUGAGAUGGAAAUAGCAAAGGAACUGGAUAGGCUAUCGUCAAAACUAGACGAUGUAGAUCAGAUGAUUUCUUCUUCGAUGGCUGCUGAUCCUCAAGUUAAAUGUCUUUUAAGCAGCACGGCUGAUGUUUGGAUGCCAGUGAUCACUGCCACCUCUGAACAAAGGCGCAAUUUCACUACAUCGGUCAGUGGUGAUGAGAAACGCGAAUCUAAUUCAUAACUUCUUCUUCUUCCCUCAACAAAUGGGCAUGAAGAGAUAACAACCAGGUUUACUUAUGUAUGCCUGCUAAACAUUAUAUAUACUUUGCUCGAUAAUGAUUAUCUGAAAUUUAUGUAUGUUUGUGAUAAGAUUUGAUGAAUUGAGACAAUAUGUUUUCCUUUUGAAUAGCAUAGGAUGAUGAUGAUUAUGAUGGUCUCUUUAAGCAU